AAUUAUUUGGCGGGGCAAUCACCACCCUUAUCCCCGAAAAUUUUGCUGACAUCAGUGAUGUUAGAGAGGUCCCAGAUAAUCAAGAGGUUUAUGCAAAUGCAGAUACGGAUCAAAGUAUCAUCAUUGAGAUAUUGCAAUACGUUCAUUCGAGCUCAGAUGAGGAUGCUGUCAGACAUCACUUUAUGUCCGUAGCAGCCGAUAAUGAUGCGGAGGAGUACAGCAGUAUACAGGCAAUUGUUCAAUUGACUGCUCAGGAUAUUCCCAAACUUCCUCCAGAAACGCCAAAAUACUUAUUAUCCGGACAGCAAUCGGUCUCAAAAUUCCAUGAGUCAGAUCCUAAUGCUAGGAAUUUGGUUAACAUAUUUUUGGCAUUGAUCAGACUUCCAAGUUAUGGUACGGACAUCGCGAUCACCUACAACAUACCAUUACUAAUUGGAGCUACCAGUAGCAGUAGGCAGACUGCUCAAGAAGGAGAUUUGGUUGAAGGGUUGGGGGUAUUCAAGAGGGUGUUGGCUGAAUUUGAGAUUAGAGAUUGGGAAUUAUUUAAUGGUUAA